CAAGUUGGCAUUUGCCUACUGAAAAGUCUGCAAUGAGACUCUAGAGUGGUGUUCUUCAGUUGUUGAAAUCACACGCCUACUGCACUCACCAUAUUUAGACCCUUGCACAAUUCAAAACACAAUUAUCUUUGAUCCUCCCUCUUAUCUUUCAUCUCCUCCAUAUUUGCCCAAACCCAAGCAGCAGAAUGGAGGACCAAAUGGCCAAAAUGACCUUACGUCCCUUCGAACUCUCCGACAUUGAUGAUUUCAUGGUUUGGGCAACAGAUGAUCUCGUGACUCGGUUCUGCUUAUUUGAAACCUGCACGUCUCUAGAAGCUGGAUUUGGAUUCCUCAAAGAAGGACACCUUAGCUACAUGCUGGCUUCUACAUAUUGGGGUCGAGGCCUAGCCAUGACUGCAGUGAAGGCUGCUGUCUCGAGAGUGUUCAAGGAUAUUCCUGAGCUAGAAAGGUUGGAAGCCUUUGUCGAUGCCGAGAAUGUUGGGUCUCAAAGGGUCUUAGAGAAAGUUGGAUGGGUUCAUGAGGAAGUACUUGAAAGUGAAGGGGAGGACUUGGGAUUGUGUGCUCUAUAG